AUGGCCCCCGCUACUCCUGCCAAGGACGAUGAGGCUCACCAGCUGCUUCUGAGUCAACUCGACAUCGCCGCGGUCCCCAAACCCUUCCGUAACCCACACUGGAGGCCCUCCCAGCGCCGCAACAAGAACGUCAAGGCGAUCAUCUCCGAGACCACUCGCAAGGAAGCUUCCCAGCUCGCCACGCAGGCCAAUUCCGGCGCUACAACCCCGUUCACCGGUGCUUCGGGUGCUGCGACCACCGAUGGCUCUGGUACACCUGCCGAAGGUGCCGGCAAGGCUCCCAACCUCGCACAGGCUGCUCGGGAUCUAUCGACACUCGUCCUGGAGAAGAAUGCCCGCGCGAUGUUCCCAAUGGGGCCUGCGGUCACCUACACAAACAUCGAGUCGGCACCGUCGCUGGAUCCGUCGAACAAGCGCCAUUACUGCGAUAUAACCGGUCUCUCGGGCCCCUACACUGACCCCAAGACGCGACUCCGGUACCAUGACAAGGAGAUCUUCAGCGUCAUCCGCAACUUGACUCAGGGCGUGCCGGAGAGCUACCUGGAAGCAAGAGGAGCGCACACAGUCCUGAAAUAA